CUGCAGGAGCAGGAGCUGCUCAGUCAGGGGACAUUAUCUAAGGAAGCGGUGGGUUUUAGACCCAAGGUAGACACAGAAAACAGCCAAGUAGAUGAAAAGGGGUUGAGAGAGAAAGAUGUAAAAUGUACCUCAGCCUAUAGUUGGAAACAAUUCUUUUCCUGUUUCUAUUUGGAGAACCAGCUGUGAUUUUGCAUUAGGUCCGUUGUAGUACAGUUGCUGUAAAAGGUUGACAUGCCAACUAUCAACAGUACAGAACAAAGAUGAGAAGUCCAGAUGUUGACUGACUGGGACAUCAGUAGUGCUUAAUCUAUGAAAGUGAAGGUGUGUGAGCUUCUGUGAACUGAGCACCAUGGACCAGGGUGACGAAGACAGAGAGGAUGGAGUCCCUCCCUCUAAACCCACUCUGAGUAGGGGACAGGAGGACCAGAGGAUUAAACCCAAACCUGAUGCUAAACCAGAACCUGCACCUGAAAGAGAGCCCAGCUGUCUGUCCUUGAAGAGCAACAAGUCAAGUGGACGAUUAACUGAUUUUAAAUUAGACAAACCUUUGGGAACAAAGAGGAAGAGACCUGGAUCAGAACCUGGAUCUGAACCAGGACCCAGCUGCCUGUCCUUGAAGAGCAACAAGUCAAGUGGGCGAUUAACUGAUUUUAAAUCAGACCAACCUUUGGGAGCAAAGAGGAAGAGACCUGGAUCAGAACCUGGAUCUGAACCUGGAUCUGAACCAGGACCCAGCUGCCUGUCCUUGAAGAGCAACAAGUCAAGUGGACGAUUAACUGAUUUUAAAUCAGACCAACCUUUGGGAACAAAGAGGGUGGACGAGCAGACCUCCAAGGUUUCCAGUGGUCUGUCUGCCCAGCAGCAUCAAACACAGCUGGACUCCAUAUUUAUGGCCCUAAAGGACAACAUUUUCGCUUUUGAGAAGAAUGAGCUGAAGAAGAUCCAGAAGGUUCUCAGCAUUGAUGACAAAGAAACCAUAAAAUGCCAGAGAAAAGGUGAAGUGCUGGAGGAUGAAGAUGAAAAACAAAGGAACAGCAGAGAGGCAUUUCUGAAGAUCGCAGUAAACUUCCUGAAGACGAUGAAUCAGGAGGGGCUUGCUGACCUUCUGCAGAGCAGAUCUUCAGUUAUGUGCAUUCAUAACCUCAAAUCUAACCUGAAGAGAAACUUUCAAUGUGUGAUGGAGGGCAUUGCUAAAGCAGGAAACCCAGCCCUCCUGAACCAGAUCUACACAGAGCUCUACAUCACAGAGGGAGGGACUGGAGAGGUCAAUGAUGAACAUGAGGUCAGACAGAUUGAAGCAGCAUCCAGGAAAAAGAGACCAGAAACCAUAAUCAAACUAGAAGACAUCUUUAAAGUCCCACCGGGAAGAGAUCAACCAAUCAGAACAGUGGUGACCAAAGGAGCAGCUGGCAUUGGGAAAACAGUCUUAACCCAGAAGUUCACUCUGGACUGGGCUGAAGGCAAAGUCCACCAGAACUUCCACUUCAUAUUUCCAUUCUCCUUCAGAGAGCUGAAUGUGUUGAAAGAGAAAAGGUUCAGCUUGGUGGACCUUAUUCAUUAUUUCUUUAAUGAAACCAAAGAAAUCUGCAGCUUUGAACACUUCCAGGUUCUGUUCAUCAUUGACAGUCUCGAUGAGAGUCGACUUCCUCUGGACUUCCAGAACCAGGAGAUCCUGACUGAUCCCACAGAGUCCACCUCAGUGGAUGUUCUGCUGACAAACCUCAUCAGGGGAAAACUGCUUCCCUCUGCUCGCCUCUGGAUAACCACACGACCUGCAGCAGCCAAUCAGAUCCCUCCUGAGUGUGUUGGCAUGGUAACGGAGGUCAGAGGGUUCACUGACCCACAGAAGGAGGAGUACUUCAAGAAGAGAUUCAGAGAUGAAGAGAAAGCCAGAAGGAUCAUUUCCCACAUCAAGACAUCAAGAAGCCUCCACAUCAUGUGCCACAUCCCAGUCUUCUGCUGGAUGACUGCUACGGUUCUGGAGGAGAUGUUGGAGACCAACAAGAGGGCAGUACUACCUAGGACCCUGACUGAGAUGUACAUCCACUUCCUAGUGGUUCAGACCAAAAUGAAGAAGGUCAAGUAUGAUGGAGGAGCUGAAACAGAUCCUCACUGGAGUCCAGAGAGCAGGAAGAUGAUUGAGUCUCUGGGAAAACUGGCUUUUGAUCAGCUGCAGAAAGGAAACCUGAUCUUCUAUGAAUCAGACCUGACAGAGUGUGGCAUCGAUAUCAGAGCAGCCUCAGUGUACUCAGGAGUGUUCACACAGAUCUUUAAAGAGGAGAGAGGACUGUACCAGGACAAGGUGUUCUGCUUUGUCCAUCUGAGUGUUCAGGAGUUCCUGGCUGCUCUUCAUGUUCAUCUGACCUUCAUCAACUCUGGACUCAAUCUCAUGGAAGAACAACAAACAAAGUCGCUGUCAUCCAUGUUAUUAAACAAACCAGACCCCACACAUCUUUACCAAAGGGCGGUAGACAGAGCAAUAGAGAGUCCAAAUGGACACCUGGACUUGUUUCUCCGCUUCCUCCUGGGUCUUUCUCUGGAGACCAAUCAGAGACUCCUACAAGGUCUGCUGACACAGAAAGGAAGUAGCUCACAGACCAAUCAGGAAACCAUUCAGUACAUCAAGAAGAAGAUCAGUGAGAACCUGUCUGCAGAGAAAAGCAUCAACCUGUUCCACUGUCUGAAUGAACUGAAUCAUCAUUCUCUGGUCCAGGAGAUCCAACAGUCAUUGAGUUCAGGAAGUCUCUCCACAGAUAAACUGUCUCCGGCUCAGUGGUCGGCUCUGGUCUUCACCUUACAGUCAUCAGAACAAGAUCUGGAUGUGUUUGACCUGAAAAAAUACUCUGCUUCAGAGGAGGCCCUUCUCAGGCUACUGCCAGUGGUCAAAACAACAGCCAAAGUUGUGGCAGGUGGUUGUAAUCUCUCUGAGAGAAGCUGUCCAGCACUGUCUUCCAUCCUCAGCUCUCAGUCCUCAAGUUUAAGAGAGUUAGACCUGAGUAACAACGACCUAAUGGAUUCAGGAGUAGUGCUGCUGUGUGAAGGACUGAGAAGUCCACAAUGCAUGUUGGAGAUUCUAAGCUUGUCAGGCUGCCUGAUCACAAAGAAAGGCUGUUCUUCUCUGGCAUCAGCUCUGAGGUCCAACCCCUCUCAUCUGAAAGAGCUGGACCUGAGCUACAACAAUCCAGGAGAGGCAGGAGUGAAGCUGCUGACAGCUGGACUGGAGGAUCCAGAAUGGAGGCUAGAGACUCUCAGGGUGGAGCCUGCUGGAGAACAAUGGUUGACUCCAGGUCUGAGGAAGUAUUCCUGCCAGCUCACAAUCGACACAAACACAGUGAGCAGAAACCUCAUACUGUCUGAAGACAACAGGAAGGUGACACAUGUGGAGGAGCUUCAGUCAUAUCCUGAUCAUCCAGACAGAUUUGAUCUUCCUCAGCUGCUUUGUAAAGAUGAUCUGACUGGUCGCUGUUACUGGGAGGUCAAGAUAAGAAAAGGAGUCGAUGUAUCAGUGAGUUGCAAAGGAAUUGGAAGAAAAGGAUACAUCAAUGACUGCCGGUUUGGAAUGAAUGAUCGUUCAUGGAGCUUGAACUGCUCUGAUCGCCAUGGUAACUGUGUUUGGUCUAAUAACACAGGAACAUCCGUCUCCUCGUCCUCCUCAGUCUGUACCAUAAUAGCAAUUUAUGUGGACCAACCUGCUGGCAUCAUUUCCUUCUACAGAGUCUCCUCUGACUCACUCAUCCACCUCCACACCUUCAACACUAAAUUCACUGAACCUCUGUAUCCUGGGUUUGCUGUCUUUACCGAUUCCUCUGUGACUCUUUGUUGAGCUUAUUCUGGAACCAAGGUUUCUUCACUGACGCAGUCUUUCACUGGAGAUCAAGAUGUCCCUGCAUGUGUCCUUCAGUGCAGCAUGUGGAGAGCUGUGGACAAAGAGGAAGAACACUGAGGAGCAGUUUUGUAGCUUUGCAUUAGAAAAAUGUUUAAAGCUGUUAAACGGUCUCAACAUCAUUGAUACUAAAGAUUAAUUAAUGUCAGCUCUUUGGUCAUUAGAUGAAUUGAAUCAGAACAUCGGUGGUGUGCAAUCAAGCCAAGAGGAAAAAUCAGACUAAACUCUAAGCCACAAAGAAAUGUGAGACUUUUACCGGAACCAAGGAACAAAAUUAAAGCCUCUCGAAAUCUCUUGAUAUUAGCUUGUGUGAUUUGGUUUAAUUUUGAAAUUCAGAUGAAAGUGUUGUAAGAGAUUAUGUGACCCCAGAGACUGGACUGCAUUAUCGGUUGCCUUGGAGAUUGCAGAGGAACGGACUCUGGAGACCAGAGGCUGACAUACAUAGAUUGGACGGAAUGACUGAUUGGAUAAAUGUGUUGGCUGGGACACGUCUGCAUUAUAAUAUCCUUUCCACCAAUGUGAUGAACGAAAGGCUGUUUUCAUGCUGUACACGCUCCUGAAUGGAUGUAACACAACUGAUCCUAUAAAAGGUCUGGGUGAAGGAUAAAUGUCAGACUCGCUCUAAGUCUCUCUCUCUCUCUCUCUCUCUCUCUCUCUCUCUCUCUGAAGUACUGAAAAGACGUCAGCAUUGUGUGAGAAACCAGUACUGGGACUGAAGCAUCUCUCUGCCUUUUAGAUUAAAUAUGGUAAAUAUAAUUAUGGUUUCAGGAGUCUUUUUACUCCUAAAGAGGUCUACAGUAGAAACAGCACCUUAUUCUGUAAAAGAACCUGGGGUGACCGCAGCAAGGUCAACAAUCAGUAACAAAUGGUGAUUCUGCCCUGACUGAAGUGGUGUUUUGAAUUUUGAGCCGCAGAGGAGAUGACAACACAGCAGCAUCUGCGAAGAAAAUAAGCUGAGAUUUACUUUUUAUUAAAUCUCUAGGAUCUGUGAUGUCAGAUCCUAUGUGAGCAGAGUUUUUUGUAAAUUUUAAGGGCAGAGGAAUGAUUCAGGAUGAUUGAUUUUAAACGGGUCUAAGUAUGCGGUUGAUCGCC